CGUCUUGACGGGGUCGAAGGGAAAAGGAGCAGUAGCUGGGCCUUUCGUUCAACAUGAAGGAGAUGUCAAAAUAGGUAGAUUACAGAGAGCGCGAUGCGAUAAGGAUCAGGCCGCGGGUUCUCCUGUGUGGACGAUACAUCAUACCUUGGUGUGGGAUAUUCUUUUAAACAAUGGAGCUCCCGAAUUACAGCAGACAGCUCCUACAACAGGUUUACACCUUGUGCAAAGAGCAGCAGUUUUGCGAUUGCACGAUAUUUGUUGGCUCCCUACACUUCCGAGCUCACAAGCUUGUUCUUUCUGCUGCCAGUUUGCUCUUUAAGUCCCUACUAGAAACUACAGAAACCAUCUCCAUAGAUGCUUCUGUCGUCUCUACCGAUGAGUUCUCGCUGCUCCUAGAGAUUAUGUAUUCAGGAAAGUUACCACCAGGGAAGCACAACUUGACCAAAAUUAUCUCUGUGGCCGACAGCCUUCAGAUGUUUGAUGUGGCUGUCAGCUGUAAGAACCUCCUCACCGAACUGAUGAAUCACUCCACCCAGAGCCAGAAAAAAGAAGUCUCCAUCCUCCAGCCAUUAACCAUCGUGAAGCCCAUUGUCCCCAGGAAUAAUGUUGUGAGCGAAACCUUCGCUAUUGAGAAGAUGCUGUCUCCCAUGAGUACGGAAGGUUCCUCUGUCCUCCCUGUUCCUGAGCAACUACAAGUGAGCAAAACUCUAAGCCCCACUUUACUGGCCAAGAAGUUGGACACUAAUGGCAAUCUCCAGAUGGCAAACCUGACUUUGCCUGAUGGGUCUACAGAAUGCAAGGGAGUUGAAAGGAUUGAGGAAAAUGGGACCGGAUCUGCUAGUGCAGAUAGCGCUUUAUCCCCAGCACUGCCAGAUCCUGCACCAGUGUUGGAGGAAUCUGAUAACGGUUCAAGUCCUCCAGAAACUACCACCACGACAUGUGUACUCCCAGUAGAUGAGAUCUGUCAGCAGCAGCUGUCAUCAGAACAAGGGGAUGCUGAUAAAGAAAUGGAUUUGGACUCCGUAGCAGCAAUUACUGAAGCCGCAUCCUGCACCCCAGAACAAGAUGGUAAUGCAGCUGUAGCAGAAGAGACUGCCGCGCCUGCUGCCAAGAAAAGAAGACUUGAUGAUGCAGAAGCUGAGAAAACGUCGGGUGAGUUGGAUUUUCUUAUCCGUUAUGAAAGUAUCUUCAGUGAGGCUCUGUCUGACCCGCAAAGCGUCCUGGAAAACCUUAACAAGUGUGAAGAAAUCAACGAGGCGGAGAAGCAGGUGGUGGCGGAGUGCUGUCAAGCUGAAGAGGGGAGCUCAACAUUUGCAAAACUCCUGGAGAAGGUUAAAGACGGGCAGAGCAUUGUGGUUGAGACUGUCCUGGCUUUACUGAAGUUGUGCAGAGACACCAAUCCAAGCGUAAAUGAAGUGUUAUGUGAGAAAGAGCCCCAAGUGGAAGACUCGGCAGAGGAACAGUCAGUGGACACAGCACUGGUGGAUAAAGAGAAAACCUUGUUUGAUCUUCUGAUGGAGCGGAGAGAAGAGCUGAUUCAGUGUAUUACUGAGCUCAGCCCCAUUAUUGAGUGUCUGGAUACAGCAGAGGAGGGCUUUCUAACCAACAUUGAGAAAAAGGUGAUCAUAGACUGCUGUGAGGGAGGAUCACACACGGAAGCCAUGGAUAAAAUCUUGAGGAAAGCAGCAGAAACCAAAACUUUAAGCCCUGAUAGCCUGAUCAAGCUUCUACAAGCCGUGAGAGAAGCCUUCCCUGAUCUGCACACUUUGCUUGAUAUUCUAGAGCCGCACAGUAAAAAAUCCACCUUUAAAGGCAAGAUGAGCAUGGCAGAUUACGGGGCAGAGUUGCUGAAGCAAUAUCGGGAAAAUCUAUGUGAAGUUGUAAAUGAUGCCGACUUGGUUCUUGGUGGUCUCUCAUCUGUCACUAACCUAACAAAUCAUGAAAAAGAGACAGUGAAGAAUAUUGUGAGAAAAAACUGCAGCUCUCGGAUCCUUGGGAUACUGGUGUCUUGUGUAUUUGAAGAGCAAACAUUAGCUAUUGUGGUCAUCUGGCAGCUGCUGCUGGCAAUGCAAGAGUUAAGCCCAGGCGUGAGGUCUCUGAUGGAUGAGAUCCGUAAAGAACCAGGAGCUGAUGUCUUCUUCGAAAGCGUGACAAACAGAGACAAUGAGGUAGCUGAGGUUUUAGUGCGCCACAGCGAGUCAAUUGCAGAAGCUUUCAGACACUGCGAUGUCCUCAGCCUGGUGCCACCAGAAGACGACGCUCAGAACAGCUUGGUAAAACAGAUGUUAAACAUCCCACAGCAGACUGAAAAUGGGGAUUUGCCUGCAAAGCUGCUCCUGGGUUCUGCGCUGCGACACACUGUGCCUGUCCUGAAGUUCUGCCAGCUGCUGUGUAGCCUCCAAGACUCUGCCCCUGACUUACAGCCUCUGAUGAAAGAGUUAGAAGAACUCGGUUUGCUGGUGGACAGCAAAUACAAUUUCCAAAGCAGCAUAAAGUGGCGAGUAAGCGACUGCCAGCUUGAUGCUAUUGAAGAGGUUGGCGACAGAAACGAGGAAGAUGAAGAAGCGAAAGAUGAUGAAAAUGAAGAAGUAGAUUCUGAAAAAGAGAGGGCAGAACUUGCCCAAGAAAAGGGCUCAAAAAAGAAUUUUAUCUGCAAAUCCUGUGACAAGAUUUUCCUGUUCCGCUGCCGACUGGAGGUGCACAUGAAACGCUGCCGAAUGGCAAAAAGAAAUCCCUUGCAAUGCAAAGACUGCAACGUGGUGCAGGCCUCUAAGAAGGAGCUCGACCAGCAUCGAGAGGAAGUGCACGGCUAUCUGAUCUCUCGUAAUGCCAAAGGGAAAAAGAAAAUGCUGGUGACAUGUGACAUCUGUGGCAAAGAAUUUGCUCAUCCGUCUGGUCUGCAGUACCACAAACGGACAGAGCAUUUUGACGAGAAGCCAUUCUCCUGUGAGGAGUGCGGUGCCAAGUUUGCAGCAAACUCCACUUUGAAGAAUCAUCAGCGCCUGCACACAGGAGAGCGCCCCUUUGUCUGCAAACACUGCCACAUGACUUUCACGCAGGCUGCCGCGCUCUCCUACCACACUAAAAAGAAGCAUUCUGAAGGUAAAAUGUAUGUGUGCCAGUAUUGUGAUGCCGUAUUUGCACAAUCUAUCGAGCUGACUAGACACGUUAGGACUCACACUGGAGACAAGCCGUAUGUAUGUCGAGAAUGUGGGAAAGGCUUCAGCCAAGCCAAUGGACUUAGUAUACACCUGCGGACCUUCCAUAACAUUGAAGAUCCAUAUGACUGUCAGAAGUGCAGAAUGAGUUUUCCGACAUUAGAAGAGCACAGACAGCACAUUCAAGUAGUACAUUCCAAGGAAUACCAUCCCUGUCCUUCCUGCGAGAAGAUUUUUAGCGCCCCUUCUCUACUAGAGCGCCACAUAGUAACUCAUGUGGGAGGAAAGCCUUACAACUGUGAGAUCUGUGACAAAGCAUACCAGCAAUUGUCUGGCCUAUGGUAUCACAACCGCACUCAUCAUCCAGACCUGUUUGCUGCUCAGAAUCAUCGUUCUUCCAAGUUCUCUUCUGCUCAGUGCAGUUCCUGCGAACAGGUCUUUUCCAGCUCAUCUACUCUUCAGAAGCACACAAAGUUAGAACAUCCUGACAAUAAGAUUUAUGAAUGUGAGAAAUGUAAGCAGACUUACCAAUCACCGGCAGCAUUACAAGUGCAUAUAAAGUGCAAGCACUCAGGGACCCAGGCAUUCCAGUGUCUUUACUGCAGCGAGUGUUUCCAGUUCCCGGGCGCUCUGCAGCACCACGUAUCCACGGACCAUUUUAACGAAACCGAUAACACAUUUGGUUGUGAACUAUGUGGGGAGCUCUUCACGUCACAGGCACAGCUCGAGAAACACUAUGAAAUGGAUCAUCCUGACAUAGUACUGGCAGAAGCACAGGCAGAAAAUACUCAAGUUGUGCAGGUUAUCCAGACCCAGGAUCAAGUAGCAGCAGGAGAGCAAGUAAUAACCUUAGACGAGUCCCAACUGGCAGGUUCUCAAGUCAUUGUGGCAUUACCGGACUCCCAAACCAGCCAAGCGGCUGGCACAGAACUAGUGGCCGUCAGCAUGGAGGAUUUAUUUGAUGGCACUGUCACACUUAUAUGUGAAGAUGCUGUGCCAGGAGACACACAGAACUCAAAGCUAAUGACUUGCCUUCACCAGGACCUUAUUUUGGUUAUCUAUAGAUGAAUUUCUUUUCACCACUUGGAAGGUUCAUGUCAUGAUUUUUAUUUCUGUUUUUACACUCCGUUCUUAUUUAUUUCUCCUCCUCUGUGCACCUCUUGCUGAUUAAUAUUGACUGACCAGAGUCUGGGCACAACGUCGAAGUACAGCCAGCCCAAAAUCAUUACAGAAGUUGUAUACAGUCUUAUGAUAAUACAGGGAAAGCUGAAGGAACUGUGAUUGAGACUUCUGCUCCUUUUAUCUGACCGCAGCCAGUGCUUCAAUUGAAUCUGUUUUACCUGCUCUCUUCAGCCCCUACCUAAGUGCUGUCAGCAGUUUAGCAUGGUCAAAACUGCUGACAGAUUCCCUUUAAAAUUCCAAGCAUUUAUAAUUUUCUUUUAAAAUGCAGCUCCACUUUCAAAGCUUCUUUUGUUUACAAUAUUAGCAAUUUUACGUGAAUUUGAGGCAGAGAUUUAGGUAAAUUUCAAUCUUCCUGGGGUGCAUAGGUGAUGCUUGAUACACUCCUCAUUCGGGUUGUCCUAAUUAGGGCAUAUGGAUGUCAUAGAGCAAGUCCUUUCCUUGGAUUCCAGUUUAUAUGCCUGAGGGGUGAACUGCUGCAAAGACUGGAUGACUACCUAUCACACAUUCCUUUACAUGGAAACCAUGUAGUGCCACAUUGUGUGUACACAGUGAUUACGGCUGAUAGCCGAGCAGGCGUCCAGAUGGGAAACCUUUAACUCGAUUUCAUUUUUUUUGGUCCAAUAUUUUGUGCUGAUUAUUUUGAUCUAUAUCUUUAGGUGUUAAGUCUCUGUUUUUUACUGAUACAGAGUUCAAAAUGCUGUGUUUUCCUUCACGAAUCCAUAGAGUAAAAUGUUAGCUGCCUCCAGCAACCACUUGGGGGAGCAGUGCAGUAGAGGCUGCAAAAACACAGAAUGGUAUCUUUUAUUGGGAGUUUCUGAUCUGUAAGAAAAGGCCCUUGGAUUGCAGUGACCAUAAAAAGUGCCGUGGAGCCCCAUUGACUAGCAACAUGAAAAUGGUAUUAAAUUUUAAAGGUAAGUUUAUUUUUUGUAACAUUGGGAACCUUUGCAAAUAGCAAGUAAGUUAGGUAAGGGCCAUGUAUCCCUGAAGACUUCAUUCACACAACCAUUGUUUGGGUCCACAUCCAAUCCCCAUGCUUUAUGGAUCACCAUGGCCCCAUUCAUUUCACUGGGUGCAUAUAAAAAUUCAGACAUCUCACGGAUGUCCUCUGUGUGGCCGUUCAAAAAAUUAUAGAACACACGCUAUUCUAGUCCGUUUGCGGACAAGAAUAGGCAAUUCUAUUAGGAAAAUGCGGCAUGCACACGGCUAGUACAUAUUUUGCAGAUCCGUGGUUUGUGGACCACAAAAUGUGUAUAUGGCCGUGUUCAUGUAGUCUAAUUCUACGAAAAGGAAAGAGGAGGAUUUGGAGCUGUGUAUGGAAAAAAAAAUCGUCUCUCUGACCCCCUUAUUAUAGCAUUAAUUGGUACUGCUAUAAUAAGGGGGUCAGAGAGACGUUUUUUUUGUCAUCGUGGUGUCAUCGUGGACAAAGUGGAGGCUACCAAAAACAAUGAUAACCCCUUGCAAUGAAAUGAUAAAAGCGGCUAUAUAGGCACUUCCUUUAUAGUCUAGAAAUUGGUUUAUAUGUACUGUUACUAUCGAAACACGGUCUUCAGAUGCAGGAGCAUUUAGCAGAGAUUGAAACUCCCUGUAGUAACCCUUCCUCUUAGGUGAGAGGAACAUAAUUUACAGUAAUCUGUAUGUUAUCCUGGUCUGGAGGGGAAGAGUAGUUGGAGGAAUUUUUUUUUUUUUUUUUUUUUUUUGUCUGACACCAAAGUGGUUGCUAUGGACUUGUAGUCUGACAACCCUAUUUAGCCUUGUGGUAUGGGUAGCUAGCAGCUCCGAUAAAUGUCAUGCAGCCCGGACAAUCUGAACAUUCUACAGGUGAAACUCGAAAAAUUAGAAUAUCGUGCAAAAGUUCAUUUAUUUCAGUAAUGCAAAUUAAAAGGAGUUGUGAAAAGUUCAAUAUUCUAGGCUCAAAGUGUCACA